CGACCCCCGGCUCCAUUGUCUGUCCUUGUAAAGAGAGCACCUCCCCGUGCGCCAUGGAGGAAGGCAAGGUCUUCUCAUGGCCACCACACCGUCUCGUCUUCGCCAUCGUUGCACUAGCGUUCUUCACGGCGCAUUGCGGAGCGAGGGUGCUGACGAUCGAUGAGCUGCUGGACCAGUACUCCUCCUCCUCCAACACCCCGACGCUGCCUCCCUACGGCGACGCCUUCACGCCGCCGUACGCGCCGCCUUCCCCGCCUCCGGGCUCUCCCGGCUGCGGCCUGGCCACAUCCCCGCCGCCCGUCAUCCCGGUGCCAUCGUUCGCCUACCUGUCGCCUCCCCCACCCUCGACGCCGCUCUACUCCCCUCCUCCGCCUCCGCCAGAGGUCACUCCAAGCCCUCCAGAGAUCGCGCCUCUGCCGCCGGUGGUCGCGCCAAGCCCGCCGGAGGUCGCGCCGUACCCGAGCCCGCCUGAGGUCGCGCCAAGCCCGCCGGAGAUCGCGCCGUACCCGAGCCCGCCUGAGGUCACCCCCAGCCCGCCGGAGAUCGCGCCCAGCCCGCCGGAGGUGACGCCGAUGCCGCCGAUCGUCUACCCAAGCCCACCGGAAGUCACGCCCAGCCCGCCGGAGGUCACACCGCUCCCCAGCCCACCGGAAGCUGCGCCCAGCCCACCGGAUAUCACACCGUUCCCGAGCCCAAGCCCACCAGAAGUCACUCCCAGCCCACCAGAAAUCGUGCCCAGCCCACCGGAAAUCGUGCCAAGCCCACCAGAGGUCACACCGUUCCCAAGCCCACCAGAAGUCACGCCAAGCCCACCGGAAAUCGUACCAAGCCCACCGGAGGUCACACCGUUCCCGAGCCCACCGGAAGUGACCCCAAGCCCACCAGAAACCGUGCCAGGCCCGCCGGAGUACGCGCCAGAGCCACCAGUGUACGCGCCGGAGCCGCCGGGGGUGACCCCGGGCCCGCCGGAGAACGCGCCUCCUGGGGGUUCCAGCCCGAGCCCGCCGGGGGGAAGCUUCCAGCCGCCGGUGGUGCUCCCGCCUACCUUCGGGCCGCCAUCGCCGGCGGGCGGCCACAGCGAGUGGUGCGUGGCGAAGCCGUCGGUGCCUGGCCCCAUCGUGCAGCAGGCCAUGGACUACGCGUGCGCGUCCGGGGCCGACUGCGACGCGCUCCAGUCGGACGGCGCGUGCUUCCGGCCGGACACCAUGACGGCCCACGCCUCCUACGCCUUCAACAGCUAUUGGCAGCGGGCCAAGUCCGGCGGCGCCACCUGCGACUUCGGCGGCACCGCCAUGCUCAUCACCAAGGACCCAAGCUAUGAUAACUGCCAUUACAUUGUGAUGUGAUUCCAUGGGAAGAAGAAGCAUAUACACCAAAGGGUUUUGGAAGCUGGACCACAUUUUCUUAUUUUCUUCUCCAAGUUCAGACGUAGUACAGAUAUACAGGUUGUUCUGAACGUUACUGAUGUUGAUUUUGUCUAGGCUAAAAAGGUUCCUAUUCAGAGAGUCUUCUGACUUUUCUUUCUGGCACUUUUUUAUUAUUUUGUAUAAUUCAGAAUAAUGUUAUGUAUUUUUUCCAUAAGUAUUUUUUGUUUAUAAGCAACUGUCUUAAUAAAUCUCUGAUGAAGAUCUUUUUUAA